CAGCCCUGCCACCAAAGCUACAGUGUCUGUGCUGUACAACACGCUGAAGUCACAAUGCUGUUGACGCCAACUGAUGAACAGCCUGUAAUUGCAAUAAAAUGUAACCUUGAUGAGGCGGCGAGGGCAGCAGCGCAGCCCAGCCCUUUGGUGCGUUUUAAAGGGACUAGUUGAAAACAGUUCAGGAAGUGACAAGCCUAUUUCCUCUCUGUUAGCAGAUCGGUACGAAGCACUCCAGAUCCAGCAGGGGAGUCUUGCGGGCUCCUUCUGGAGACGGAUGCUGCCAACCGUACCAAGGAGCAAAACAGCCGGGUGCUGGAGGAUGGGGACUUAAUACAAAGAGACCGAGGAGUUAACAAGAGUUGGAAACUACUGUCGACCCAUCCUGUGAGUGAAGCAGAUGGGAGUUGGUUCUGUUGAACUUUUCACUUGGGAAAAUGCAUUAAAAAAGAAGCUUUGCUGUAACAUGGCUGAUAGCGACCUUUGCCUGUACUGUAAUGGAUCCCAAUGCAUGAUUUCAUUACCAUGGUGAUGAUCUUAACCAAAACGCUGGAAAACAAAGGUGCUGACUCUGUGACAUGCAGGACUGAGCUGCACACUCCAAAGAUGAGUCAAGGACCUACUCUCUUCUCUUGUGGAAUUAUGGAAAAUGACAGAUGGAGAGAUCUCAGCAGGAAGUAUCCACUUCAAAUUGAGCAACCUAGUACCAUCAUCUGGGACUGUCUGCCUGAUAAAAGUGAAGAUGGCUCAAUAUGGCACAGAGAGGCAGCUAACACUUGUUCAGUGACCAACUUGAUCAAAGACCUCAGUCUUAGUGACCAUAAUGGCAACCCAUCAGCACCUCCCAGCAAACGCCAGUGUAGGUCACUUUCUUUUUCUGAUGAAAUGUCUAGCUGCAGGACAUCAUGGAGGCCUUUAGGGUCAAAGGUCUGGACUCCUGUAGAAAAGAGACGGUGUUAUAGUGGGGGAAGUGUCCAGCGCUACUCCAAUGGCAUCACCACCAUGCAGCGGAGUUCAAGUUUCAGCCUUCCUUCAAGAUCAAACAUGCUUUCCUCAUCAUAUGACCAGUCUGGAUUUAGCAACAAAUUUGGAUGUCAGCCAUGCCAAGGGCUGAGGAAGUCAACCACCUGUGGGCAGGCAGGUGACAUCUGGGGUUAUGAUCACAAUUCUGUAGAUGGUAACCGGGUGGACAUGCAGAGGUCCCUUUCCUGUUCACAUGAUCAGUUUUCCUCUUCAGAAUAUUGUGCACCCUCAGCAAACAGCACACCUGCCUCAACACCAGAGCUGAUGAGACGCUCCAACGGGCUGUCGCGAAGCCGAUCGCAGCCAUGUGUCCUUAAUGAUAAGAAGGUUGGAGUUAAACGACGACGGCCUGAGGAGGUUCAGGAACAAAGACCUUCAUUGGACCUUGCCAAGAUGACCCAGAAUCGUCAAACCUUUAACAGCCUUAGCUGCCUUAGCACCACAGUGGACGACUGCGCUCAGCAGAAUCAGUUCUGCCCUGGUAUCAACAGCCCCAAGUCAUGGACAGCAUCUCCUUCCUCCUCUGAUGUCAUGCCAGGCAGGACACCAGCCUGCACCCCCGUGCCAGAGCCACACUCGAAUGCAGAAGAACGUAGCGUUAGCAAAGACGACCUCUCUUGGGAGGAGUCAGACUAUUGUGCCACGGAAGACGAGAGCAGUAGAAAAGAAGAUGAAAGGGCUUCAUGGAAGAGUAGUGGAACAGGGGGGCGGAAUGUCUUUCCACUAGAUGGCGAAUUAGACAUUGAGCAAAUAGAAAACAAUUAAAGAAUAUUGUUUGCGUCAGGGUUUGGGGAUGUGAAUUAAGAACAGUGAGUAGUAAAAUCUCCUAGGUGUAAUACUUGGGUUAUACUGUAUUUAGGCAUAAAAGCAAAUCCAUGUUCUCGUCCUAUCAGCAAUAGGAGACAAAACCAGUCUUGCCAAAAUUUCAUCAGGUAUCCUGAGCAAUUUUUUUUUUUUUAAAUCUUGAAAUUCUAUGUAACUACUGUAGCCAGAUAUCAGCUAGUUUGGUUAAAAUAGCCCAUGGGGCUUUGGAAAGAAGCAUUCUAGAGAUCUCCAAACUGCAUUUUCCCCCCCUCCACCAUUAAGUCAACAGCUUUUAGUAAACUUGAAAUUGCAGGUGUUGGAGUAGCUGCAAUUUCUUAGUGAAUAUGUGUGUUUAGAUUUUUUUUUUUUAAGGACUGGAAAAUAAAGUACUGGUUUUGAUUCACAAACUAGGUACUGUCUAGUACAGAGAGCCAGACUGAGAGAGGCUAUGUUAUGCCUCAGUGGGACCCUCCCUCAUCAGCCUGGGCUUUCUGGGCAGCAAGCUAUAAGGAAUGUUUCAUUUUAAGUGAUUCAUACCCCUUCUUCUGAUUUCAUACUGCACCUUAGACACUAGGAGAGGAGCGAUUGCAAGGGGGUGAUGAAUCCUUAGUUUAACCUUUCAUCCUGGAGAUCUUUAUUCAGCUCAAGUCUGAGUGAGGGAUCUUAUAACUGAAACCCUGCAGUCUUACUUAGGCAACACUCUUACAGUCAUAACCACAGAAUCAUCCCAUAUUGCCUUGCCAUAAAGCCUUUUUAGACUUCCACAGAGGCAUCUACAGGCAUCCACAGAGCCAUGAGAGGGAAAUCACAAGCGUAGUGCUUGACAUUUGAUCAUGAUCACAGCAAAGGAUUUAUAUUUUCAGUUUCCUUAAUUCAACGAAAGCAGAGGGUAGGGAAUGCACAAUAAAAACAACCCCCCUGGGGCCAGAUCAACAGCUGACAUGAGUUACCUUUGACAUCAGUGGCAUUAUGCCUGCUGAGGAUCUGACCCAUGUCUCAGUGUUUGGGAACUUCAGAUCAGUUUUAGAGCUGUGCCGGGCAUUAGCAUAAGAGCAAAUUCUGCUGUUUCCAAAAGAAGUUGCCAUUAGACACAGCUGCUUUAGUGUUCUUCCUUUCAAGCCCCUCUUUUAGCCCCAGUGGAAAAAUAGUCCAGCUUUCUAUUGGGCUUGUGAAAGCAGGGCUUUUAGAAGAGGCGGCUCAGUGUUUGGCAGGUAACAUGAGUUCUGAUGGUGACUGUUCUGAUCUCGCUGUCAUACCAGCGUCAAUCUGAGUAUGUCCAUUGUAGUCAGUGGAGCAAAGCCAGUAGAAAACUGGUAUAAGUGAGAUCAGAAUUGGAGACUUAACAAUAAAACAAAACAAACGUCCCAACAGGCUCAGAUUUUCUUAGAUGUCCUUGUCCAGUGUGAUAAGAGUACAUUUAUUAAAGCCUUUGUGCUUGUCGGGCACGUCUGGCAGGCAACAUAGGGUGAAAUUCUGAGCCAGUGGCAAAACUCAGUGGCUUUAAUGGGAGAGGGGGGGCAGGAUUUCACAUUUAGUUUUGCUGAAGACUGAAGGUUCAUUACUGUAGGAGAGUCCAAGUGAGUCAUUUGCCUCUUUUUGAAGAACUCGUGUGAAAGCCCGUCCAAGGUUUCAUACACCAAAACCUUUUUUAUUACUCCUCUGCUUCUACCUACAUCUUGCCAGCCUUUUCUCCAGUACUUCUUAUUCAGGGAUGUGAUAUUUUUUCUUUCUUUUAAGGGUUCAUUUUUUAAAACACACACGUUUGUUUUAAAUUUGGCAUGGAACUCAUAAUGACUGUGAGCUGACGUACAGAACACGGCCGGCACAAAGCAUCUGGUGCAGGACUCACCCUGUCUAAACUGAUGGACAGCUUGAUCUUACUGCGCUUGAGGAGUUCCACAGCGCCAAUGCUGUACAGGGCUUGUUGCCAAUGGUCAUCCAUGUUGUUAGGGUGUAUGCGAUAGGUGAGAUGAGAAAUCGCUUUCCGAUCACUUAGGAUUGAAUUUAUCCUGUGAUUUACCAAAUCACAGAAAUAAAACACAUUCAUUCAGAGAGGGUUUAACCCCUGUCCCGCUAACAAAUCCAGAUUUUCCGUGCUUUCGUUUGGCGUGUUUUACUGUGAAAUGGUGUGAUAUAAAAUGCAGUAUGAUUAUUUGACAAAGUAAGCUCUCAAGAUGUUGAAAAGCCAGGUAGCAGCACUGAAAGCUUUCCCUUUCCCUGCCCCCAUUUUUAGCAACGAUAAAGUGGUGAACAUUACGUUUAUACGAUUUCUUAUACCUUUUACCUUGGUAAAAUAAGCUGUUCACUUGCUAGCAGGUCUAUGAGGAAACAAUCUUUUUUUUUCUUUUUUACUUAUAGGAGAACAAUAUCCUAGAUAUGGAAUUUUAAUCACAUCUUGUUAUGUUACUGCACUUUUUUUCUGCAGUGGUUCAAGAUGUGUGGGGCAUCUAGUAUCACAGUGGAAUCCAUCCAGUUGUAUAGCUUUAUAAAAUGUCCAGUCAAAUUGCACAGAGUGUUUUGUUUGUAACAAUGUUAAUUUCAGCUCUCUCUCUCUCUCUUGAUAUGAUGCUGGCACCAAGUGGAAGCCAAACAAGUAAUAAUUUGGGGGGAUAGAGAUGAUUUUAUUUUUAAUGUUCUGGAAUUACACAGCUCUGUGAAAACAAUAUUUUGUUCCAUGCAUUAAUCAAGAAAACACACCUUGUCUAAAUCCUUUAGGCACAUCGUUUUGAAAGUGUGCAUUCAGACGGUUGUAAGCCCGAGUUGUGGAUGCAUAAAGGUAAUCAUGCACACCUUGAACCUUGCAUUCAGAAGUGCAUUCUGUGACCUAUGUACAAUACUACCUGGGACACGUGCACUUUUGUGUGCACACUUUUUAAAAGACACUGGCAAAAUAUCAGUUUUCUCAAAAGCAGACUAUCUAUACAGUGAAACCUCUAAAGCAAUGGGUCUCAACCAGGGGUACCUAUACCCCUGGGGGUACGCAGAGGUCUUCCAGGGGGUACCUCAACUCAUCUAGAUCAGUGUUUCACAACCUGGGGGGGAGGG